GACAUAUUGUUUUUUUUAUAUUUUUUAAUUUUAGAUGCCCAGGACACGCUUGCGGAAUACUGAAAGAGCGCGGUCUGACAUAAGUAAAUAUAAGCAUGCUUAUGAAGAAGUGAAGCGCGGGACGUCUAUACGCAGAGCUGCGGAAAUGCAUAACAUUAACCGCAUGUCGUUGUUGCGAUACAUCCGCAAACGUGAUGAAAUGGGUGCGAAUCACGAUGAAGAUAGCAUCAGUAUGGGGUACGUUGCUCAUAAUAAAGUAUUUUCAAAGGAGCAAGAAGAAGAGCUAUCAAAAUAUAUCAUACGAUGUGCGGAUAUAUAUUUUGGCCUUGCUACAAAAGAGGUACGGAAGCUGGCAUUUGAACUGACAACUAAAUACAACAUAAAACGACCUGCUACUUGGGUUGAAAAUAAUAUGGCUGGUGAAGAAUGGUUCCGUUCGUUUAUGAAUAGAAACCCGUCACUGUCUGUACGUGUAGCUCAGGCUACAAGCCUUUCAAGAGCUACAAGUUUCAACAAAACUAAUGUGGAAGCUUUUUAUGAUAAUUUGCAAACUGUUUUAGACAGACACACAUAUGAGCCACAGGAUAUAUACAAUGUUGAUGAGACAGGUGUCACUACCGUCCAAAGACCAGAUAAAGUAGUGGCAAGACGUGGCAUACGGCAAGUCGGAGCUGUUACAUCAGCUGAACGUGGUACAUUAGUAACAGUUGCUUGUGCAGUAAAUGCCUUGGGAAAUGCCAUACCUCCUUUUUUUACUUUUCUGAGAGAUCGUUAUCAUGAUCACUUUGUUAGAGACGGGCCAGUGGGAUCGAUUGGAACGGCAAAUCCUUCAGGCUGGAUGCAGGAUGAGUCAUUUUUGUUAUUUUUAGAGCAUUUCAUAAAAUUCUCUAAUGCUUCUCUAACACAUAAAGUGUUACUAGUGUUGGACAAUCAUUCUUCUCACAUUCAUAUUAAUACAUUGGAUUUUUGCAAAGAAAAUGGAAUCACUCUGCUGUCAUUUCCUCCUCAUUGCUCGCACAAACUGCAACCAUUAGACCGAUCUGUCUUUGGGCCAUUGAAAAAGGCUAUAAAUACUGCUUGUGACGGCUGGAUGAGAAGUCACCCUGGCAAGACAAUGUCUAUUUACCACAUACCAGGUAUCAUCAAGACUGCUAUGCCUCAUGGUCUAAGAUCCCGCUGCAGGAUUGGUGCGCUCAUCGACUAUUUGUAUAGAAUCUUCAUAUUAAUUACCGUGAUGUAGACGUUA